UUGAUCGUAACCAUAAGUUACGAAAAAUUUCUGUCUUACUAAACUUUUUAUCUUAAAUUACGUUAAAAAUCUUAUCGUAACUCUACGACAGCCUAUGGGCUAUCCUAAGUUACGAUUUUUUCGUAAAUGUAAAUAAAAAUGGCUGUCUUCAUAAUAUUUCGUGAUAUUUUGGGAGAAAAGGAAGACAAAUCUCCUCGUCGCCCCAGGAUUUUUAGGGACAGGAGUGAAGUUCUAGAUACUUUGACGGACGGUGAACUCAUUGAGCGCUAUAGGUUUCCGAGACACGUCAUUCUUUACUUGAUAGAGGAAGUGAAAGACCUCAUCCAGCCUAAAACUUGGAGAUCCCACUCUAUACCUGCACACAUUCAGGUUCUAACAUGUCUCAGAUUCCUAGCAAAAGGCGACUACCUCUCGGAAGUAGCGGACCUUCACGGCAUUUCUAAAGCGUCGGCAAGCGUGAUCAUACAGAGAGUAGUAGAAGCAAUAUGCCAAACACUGAAGAACAUUAAUUUUCCAACCUCUACUGAAGAACGAAGAAAGGUCAAAGCACACUUCUACAAGAUUGCAGGCUUUCCCGGUGUGGUUGGUGCCAUUGAUGGUACACAGAUUCCGAUUCAGGGAAUGAGUUCAGACUACGAGCCCUUGUAUAUAUGCAGAAAAGGGUACCAUUCCAUUAACGUGCAGGCUGUUGUUAAUCCCGAUUUAAGGUUUACAAAUGCCGUUUGCAAGUUUCCUGGGGCCACCCACGACGCCUACAUCUUGCAGAGCAGCUCUCUACCAAAUGUUGUUUCCAGCCUUGAGAAUGGAGGAUGGCUUGUAGGGGAUUCUGGCUACCCUCUGAAAGAGUGGCUGAUGACCGCUCUAACCAACCCAAGAACUGAACAGGAGGAGAGAUACAACAGAGCCCAUUGUAAGACCAGGAACGUCAUCGAGAGAGCUUUCGGUGUACUGAAAGCACGCUUCAGGUAA